CUCCGCGCCCGACACGCCGGGUUGCACCACCUCCACCACUUCCACCAGCUCCGCCAGCGUCAGCGCUGGAGGCGGUGUGCAGCUCUUUAUUGUUCUGGUGGAAAGCUUGAUCCGCGGCCGGCCGCAUUGGUUUCGAUGGCCGCCGCUCAGAAACUACGUCCCACCUGAGAGGGAGUGGUCCAUCUGCGAGGCCAUCACCGAGGUACCGGGCUGGAUCGGGAUUUCUCCGUGUACCGUGGAAAGGAAUUAAAAGCAGCUCUUUUCUGGAGGGCAGUGUGUGGAUCCUGGAGGAGGAAGACGCGACGUGAACAGAGGACCCUGUUUCCCUUUCAAAGCCCAUCGUCAUGUCUGAACUAGCCGAGAGGCCCUCCACAGCUGGACAGAGGCUGAGCGCCCCGGAGAGCUUCGGAGUGUCCACCCUGGAGCCGGGACUGCGUCCUCCAGUCCAGCCUCCGGGACGCCAGGUUUCCAUAAGGGUUCAGAUGCUCGAUGACGCACAGGAAGUCUUCCAGAUAUCACAACGUGCGCCUGGGAAAGUGCUUUUUGACCUGGUUUGUGUCCAUCUCAACCUGACUGAAGGCGACUAUUUUGGGCUGGAGUACAUAGACCAUCGGAAAAUGACGGUGUGGCUGGAUCUUCUGAAGCCAGCGCUGAAGCAGAUCAGACGACCUAAAAACACCAUCCUUCGCUUUGUGGUGAAGUUCUUCCCUCCUGACCACACGCAGCUCAUGGAGGAGCUGACUCGGUAUCUGUUUGCCCUGCAGAUCAAACGAGACUUGGCCUGUGGUCAUCUCGUCUGCAAUGACACCAGCUCUGCUCUCAUGGUUUCCCACAUCAUUCAGUCUGAGAUCGGGGACUUCGAUGAGACGCAGAGCUGGCAGCAUCUGCUGCACAACAAGUACCUUCCCGACCAGGACGCCAUCAGAGACAAGAUCAUUGACUGCCACCGCCAGCAUGUUGGACAUACUCCUGCAGAGUCAGACUACCAGCUGCUGGAAAUCGCUCGGCGGCUGGAGAUGUACGGUGUCCGUCUGUACCCUGCGAAGGACCGGGAGGGGACAAAGCUCAGCCUGACUGUGGCGCACACCGGGGUCUUGGUUUUUCAGGGAUACACUAAAAUUAACGCUUUCAACUGGUCCAAGAUUCGCAAGCUGAGCUUCAAACGUAAACGGUUCCUUAUCAAACUGAGAGCUGACCCCACUCAGAACUCCCACCAUGACACGCUGGAGUUCGCCAUGGCCAGCAGGGACUGCUGCAAGGUUUUCUGGAAGAUCUGUGUGGAAUACCACGCCUUCUUCAGACUCUUCGAGGAGCCUAAACCCAAACCCAAGCCCAUCCUAUUCACUAGGGGGUCGUCUUUCCGGUUCAGUGGAAGAACGCAGAAGCAGAUCAUCGACCACAUGAAAGACUCCGAGCUGAAGAAAGUCCCCUUUGAGAGGAAGCACAGUAAGGUUCUGUCCAGCAGCAGCAUGUCCCCUCACUCGUCUUCCUUCAGAUCCCAAGUGCCAAAAGAGAGUGCCACGUCUAUCCUGUUAGCAGACCAGCUAGACUCUGCAAGACUGGAGGCCAAAACUAAUGGCAGUGAGGGCCCGCCAGCCAUCGCACCUCCCACCAAUGGCUUCCCUGACAGCACGCUCAACUCAGACCCGAUCCGACAGAACCACAAAGGAGCAGACCAGCAUCUCCUCAACCCAGGUCCAACCUGCAGGGCAAACAAAGAAGGCCCUGAUUCCAAGGAAUCCCCGCAGGAAAGUCCCCAGGUGGUUGCAAAUGGAAGCGGCCCUGGGGAUGAGCAGGAAAGGGGCGUCACCGGCAUUGUGGAUGUGGUGCAGAUUCCAGAGGGACAGCAGCUUUCCCCACUUACCAGCCCGCUGCUCAUCGAGGCUGGAUACGUCCGCCACGAUGAUGAAGAGGAGGCGAGAAGAAAGAAGUUUCCCACAGACAAAGCUUACUUCAUAGCCAAGGAACUGUUGAGCACAGAGCGGACCUACCUCAAAGAUCUUCAGGUUAUCACAGAGUUCUUCCAGAAAGCUGCGGGGAAAGAUGAAGCAUUUCCAGACACCGUUAAGAACCUGAUAUCCUCCCACUACGAUCCAGUGUACAGGUUUCACCAGGGAUUCCUCAAAGUGAUGGAGCAGCGGCUGGCUCAGUGGGAGGGCCGGUCCAACGCUCACAUUAAAGGAGAUUACCAACGAAUUGGUGACAUUUUACUGAAGAACAUUCAGGGUUUGAGGCAUUUGACAAUUCAUCUUCAGAAGCAUUCAGAGUGCUUGGUGGAACUGGAACGAGCUUGUAGGUCGAGUCGGAAGGUGGAAGCCCUGUGCAGGGACUUCGAGCAGCAGAGAGUUUGUUACCUGCCUCUGUACAUCUUCCUGCUCAGGCCUCUCCACCGCCUGCUGCACUACAAGCUGAUCCUGGAGAGGCUCUGCAAGCACUACCCGCCCACCCAUGAGGACUUCAGACACAGCAGAGCCGCCCUGGCAGAGAUCUCUGAGAUGGCGCUCCAGCUUCAGGGCAUCAUGAUGAAGAUGGAAAACUUCCAGAAGCUCCUGGAGCUGAAGAAAGAUCUGACCGGCAUUGAAAACCUUGUCAUGCCUGGGAGGGAGUUUAUCAGGUUGGGCUGCCUCAGCAAACUGUCGGGGAAGGGCCUGCAGCAGAGGAUGUUCUUCCUGUUUAGCGAUUGUUUGAUGUAUACCAGCCGAGGGAUGACCGCGUCCAACCAGUUUAAGGUCCAUGGGCAACUGCCUCUUUAUGGCAUGACGAUCAGAGACUGUGAGGUGGAGUGGGGAGUCCCUCAUUCGUUCACACUGUUUGGGCAGCGGCAGUCUGUAGUGGUCACAGCCAGCUGUGCUGCAGAGAUGGAGCGCUGGGUGGAGGACAUCAGGAUGGCCAUCGACCUGGCAGAACAGAACAGCAACCCAAACACCGACCUGCUCUCCACCAGCCCACCUGAGAACAAUCUUUUGGUUUGCUCCCCAGAGCCUUUGGAGGACGGAGCUGAGCUGGAGUCUGCAGAGGAGCUCUGCGGCUCCCACUCAUCCCUCGAGCGUCAGAAUCACCGUGGCAACACCAUCGUUCACGUCUGCUGGCAUCGCAACACCAGUGUGUCCAUGGUGGACUUUAGCAUCGCCGUGGAGAACCAGCUCUCAGGUAACCUGCUGAGAAAGUUCAAGAACAGCAACGGCUGGCAGAAGCUCUGGGUGGUUUUCACCAACUUCAGCCUCUUCUUCUACAAGUCGCACCAGGAUGAGUACCCCCUGGCCAGCCUCCCUCUCCUGGGCUACUCCGUCACAGUCCCGGCCGAAUCCGAGAACAUCCUCAAAGAUUACGUCUUCAAGCUUCACUUUAAAUCCCAUGUGUACUACUUCAGAUCAGAGAGCGAGUACACUUUUGAACGGUGGAUGGAGGUGAUCCGCAGCGCCACCUGCUCCGUCAGCCGUCCCCUGCUGAGCUCCAGGAAAGAUCUUUACUGAUGAAUCAGUCAUCUCCUUCUUGGCCUUCAACUCGCCCGGGUGAAACCACGGACUUGUUUUACAGCUUUUUAAUUCACACUUUUUUACACACCAAAACACAUUUAGAGGUCCUAAAAGUUCCUUUUUACACCAGUUAUCCUCGGUGUUCUUACUUUUUCUGUGCCAAACUGGAAGAUGCUGGUGGUGUUCUUAUUUCUGACAUUUUUUUCACUUUUCAACUCCUAUUUAGAGCUACACACAUGAAGCUCUCGUAAAGCAGAUGUGUGGAUGUGAACACGCUCUAAUUAAACAUAAUGCCAGUUUAGGGAACAGUUAGAAACCACGUUUUUCUGUUUUGUAAUGCGUGUCUUUGUACAGUAUUUUGAUAACACUGUGAAAAUUCUCCCUUUCCUUCUUUACUUGUCUUCACCGAAAAACACUUCACACCUGCUUCCAAAGCCAACAGAGAUUUCCAGGCAAUAUCACCGUCUUUGCAGUAUUUUUCCAACUGUCUGGAAUUGUUUUAAAAACUGUGCGUUCCUAUGAAAAAUAAAACAAAGUAAAUCACA